AGCCCAGCUGUAACCCAAUCACCUUACGCCCCACCCAUGUGACUCUCUCUCUCUCCAACACUUACAAAGCCACAGAAAAACCAGUGGCCAUUAAACCCUCUCUCCCCUCUCUCUCUCUUUAGAGGAGUGACCAAGUGCGAGAGAAGCCAGCAGCCAUUAAACCCAUCACCCACCUCUCUCUUUCUUUCUCUUUCUCUUACUCUUUCUCUGAUCUUCCAUCCAUGGAGUUUUCAUCCCUUCCGAAGCUGCUGAUCCUCUGCAUCUUCCUCACCUUCGUCGCCGUGCGAGCCCAGGUGGAGGAGGCGAGCCUGCAGCUGAUGACGGAUGCCCUCGAGUGGCCGUCGGCUAUGUCUCUCUACGGUGACUGGGACGGCGACGGCGCAAACGACGAGCUCGACCCAAAAGCUGGCGGAUUUGACCGGAGAUCGCUCUUCUGGCGGAGAAUGCGGUACUACAUCUCCUACGGAGCUCUCGCCGCCAACAGGGUCCCCUGCCCCCCUCGCUCCGGCAGGUCCUACUACAACCCCCACUGCGGCCGGCACACCGGCGCUGUCAACCCCUACAGCAGAGGCUGCUCUGCUAUCACUCGCUGCCGCCGAUGAAUGAAUCGAAGCACUGAAAAAUCUAGAUGAGUGAGAGGAAUUUGUUGGCGUUUCCCGUCAUAUGCCUUGAGCACCCGCUAUCAAGAAUCCACUUGUUUUUCAACAUGGAGGUCUUCAAGCAAACUUGCAUAGAGAAUUAGGUGAUUUGUUUUGGUACCCAAUUUUCCUUGGGUCCUAUGGGGUUAGUGUUAUUGACCAUUUAUACAUAUUUCUUUCUUUUUCCUCUGUUUCCUCUAGAAGGACAGGUGAAGCGUACAUGACCCUUUCUCUCUCAAUAUAAGUGAGUUUUAUUAGCAUGCAAAAGGGUUUGGUUUGGGUG